AUGCCAACGAAUAGUCGUUGUUUGUGUUUGGUUUGCAGUUAAAAACGUAUAAAAUAGUUUUACUGAUUGUGAAUUCAACAUGCAAUUAUUGAAAUAAUACAUAGGGUUUGUAAAUAAAACUCGAACAUGGCGCAAGAUAAAGGUGAUGAUGGGGUAGAUACCCGGCUAGAGUUCUUAAGUGAAUAUUUGCUGAAAACACUCAAACAGAAAAUUGACAAAUGGAACAAAUUCAUUGCUGGGGAAGAUAGGCAUAUCUUAUUUAGGUACUUUGAUGGCCCAAAGAUUCCCAUCUUGAUAUUUCGCAUGAAUGUUGCUGGGAUGUUGUCCUGCAGUCUCACAUUCCCUGCAGUAAAUAAAAGUAAACUUGUAUACUUACUAAGAAAAGAAGAGGAAAAAAUUACACAAGCCAACUUUCGGAAGAUUGUUACCUUAGGCGAGAUGUCGCCUAAUGUGUUGAUGGAUAUCAGCGUGUUGGCAGACGAAGUGGUCGGCCCCAUGUUGUGCAACCCUCAGAACCAAAUAGGUUGGCCGAAAAUCGUCCAGACAGACAUGAAGAGACAUGUCAAUGAACUCAGGAAUCUUAUGCAUCAGUUGAAAGGUGAGAUGUCCAGUCAAGUGAUGCUAGCAAUGCCGGCGGGUGUCGAGAACAUUUACCAUGCUGAGUCUAGGUUAAAGGAAAGCGAUGGGGAAGAUUUGGAUUUGCAGCUGAAAACUAACAUAGAAGGUGCUGUAAUAAAAUGGGCUAAACAAGUUCAUGAUUUGUUGCAAGAGGACUCUUACAUAGCAUUUAAAAGAACCAAGCUCCCGCUGCCUACAGCGGAUAUAGAUUUUUAUUCGCGACGUUUGCGCAACUUGGAAGGAAUAUACUCUCAACUGAGAGAUCCACGCGUGAAACGUAUGGCUCACUAUUUAGAGGAUACCCAUAGUGUAUAUCUCAACUGCUUCAAGACAAUGUUGACCAAUGUUGUGGCUUCUAUCGUGGAAUGUCGUGACAUCUACGUGUACCAGCGCCCUUUGAUUGGGUACUUUGAAAACUUUGAGGUGACGGACUUUUCUGAUGCCAAGCAUCUCAUUAGACCCAUGUUCCACUGCAUCGGUUUGCUGUGGGGCAACUCUCGGUACUUCUGCAAUGUGGAGAAGCUUAUACCCCUUCUACGAGAAGUUUGCAACCUGGUAAUCCAGCAGUGCACCAACUUCAUCGACCCGCCGUCCAUAUUCCAAGGAGAGCCUGAUGAACAAUUGAUGAAGUUGAGGAAGGGUAUCGCCAAUCUUAAUCAUUUCAUUGAAACAUACGAGAUGAACAGAGACAAAGUGCAUACAUUCUUUCCCCCGGGCGUGAUUCCGAUCCGAUGGUCUUUCGACUUCAAUCGCGUGUUCACGCGGUUUAAUGUGUACAUGAAACGCUUGAAAAUGAUCGAGGAGAUCCUCGAGGCCACCGUCGAGAUACUCAAACUGGAAAAAGUCGAGUUCUGCGGCCUUAGAGGGAAGAUUCUGAGCACAGAGUGUAUGAAGGUAUUGGAGGAAUAUUCGUUGAUAUACAACCAACUGGGCAAUAUCUCGUACGACCCGGCUGAUCCAGAGGACGACUCGUUCUUGGCGGACUACAAGGCGCACAUGAAGGUUCUGGAGGACGUCGACAAUCACCUCGCGUCGCUGUUUUCACAAGGAUUCGACGAAUGUCACAACUUGGAGCAUAUUUUUAAGUUCUUCCAAAUCAUUGGCGAUUUGUUUCACCGACCCAUAAUAAAAGAAGAGUUACAACCGAAACUGAUAAAGAUGGUGGAUUGGAUGCACGCAAACCUAGAUGCAGUGAAGCAGAUAUUUGACGAGGAGAUGGCGAAACUAACAAAAGGACCAGAGCGGCCGAUGGUAGAUUCGUACCUGCCUCCUGUGUCCGGUAUGAUCUGGUGGAUCCACAAGCUGCGGAAGAGGAUCCAGCAACCGAUGGAGGAGUUCAUCUUGUUUGAGGACCCGAUUAUAGACUCGGAUUAUUCUGUGUAUAUGAAACAGAAGCACAACGAGAUGCUGACGUAUCUGAACGCAGUAGAGGACAAACAGUUCAAGGCGUGGGCGCAAACAGUCCCCGCUAUCUGCAAGACACAUCUGGCCAAGAAUCUCAUUUAUAGGGAACCGCCCUUCGUCAGGAAUAACUUCAGUCCUGAGCUAGUAAUGUUGCUGCGCGAGAUCAGAUACCUGAAGUAUCUAGACAAGCAAGGCAUUCCUCAAGACGGACUGGAUUUGUACGCUCGAAAUGAGAAACUGCAGUAUGAUUUAAACCGCCUGAACCGAGCGAUAGCCUGGUACAAUGCGAUCCGCGAAGGCAGCCACGAGACGGAGGUGGCGCUCAUCGAGAAGGAGAUCUCCAUGAUCGACCAGCUACUCGGUCGCGGCGUUGAAGAGUUCACCUGGAACGAUGAUUUCACUGACUGGAUGAAUGAGGUUUACACGGCGAUCAACACGCUUCAAGAGCGGGUACUGGCGGCACAAAAUAAUGUGAGAAUAGGACUAAACACUAUAGCCUCGUGGGGUGACAAGCCUUUGCACAACCGCAAGGACAACCCGGACAAAAUGGAACUCUUGGACGUGCCUGGCCGACACCCGCGCUUGGUGUACCGACGGGAUAAAAUAAUUGACUGCCAUACAGAGUUCCGAGACAUUUUAGUCGAAAACUACAAGCUCUUCUUUAACAUCAUUGAUGAAGAGGAGGAAGAGUCAGAUGUGGAGGACUUAGAAGAAGUAGAUGAAGCGACUCUAGACGAUGAGGAGAAGGCGGCGCGAGCUCUCAAGAUGCAGGAGAUCAUUGAACUGCGCGAGCAAAAGCGGCUUGAGAAGGAAGAGAAGCAACGCUUGAAGGAAGAAGCUGAAAAUAUUAAGUUCGAACGGCGAGAGGCGCGCCGACUGAAGAGAGAAGCCAAGGCAGAAGCGAAGGCUGAACGUCAGGCACGUAGGGAUACUGGUGAAGAGGUGGAGUCACCAGCGGAGGAAGAGGAAGUGAUCACGGAUCCAGAUGAGCUAGCAGAUAUUGAGGCGGAAAGGAAAGAGAUGGAAAUAGAGGCCUUCCGGGCGGAGCGAUGGCCGGCGUACGUGAAAUACGUCGAUUCACUGGUGUCCGCUCAAGUGAUGAAAGCGAUUCAAACAAGUUUAAAUCUGUUCGAAGCGCAGACUAAUUUGGAAUCCGGGCCAAAUGUAGCGUUUAUGGAAGUAGUAGCCGAGUUAAGAGACCCAGAUAUCUACUUCGCGCCGUCUCUGGACUUGGAAGAGCCGGACGGGCUGUACGACACGAUGAAGGAGAUGAUGAAGGACAUGUUCCUGCAGGCCACACUGUUCCCCAGGAUCGACCCCAUUGUCCCCAUCGCCUCUUACGAAGAUGACAUAGCGAAAGAAGACGCCAUGAUAGACUUGUAUCACGAAAUAUUGAAAAGGAUCGAGCAAAGCAUUAACGAUGUUGUCAAUUAUACUUCGAAAUACGAGAAGUUCGCUCCGUUGUGGCAUGAGGACCGCCAAGAGGUCCUGACCAACUUCUUGAAAUAUGGCCGUCACAUCUCACCAGAGGAGUUUGACAAGUAUAAGUUCGAAAACGGCGCCGAGCCGCCAGAGCAAAAACCCACUCUCGAUCAGUAUACUGUUGAGAUCGACAAAUACAACGCUAUGUACGACGAGGUGUCUGCGUUGCCGUCGUCGUAUCUAGCCAACGGUUGGCUCCGGCUCGACUUGAAGUUGCUCAACCAGGCCAUCAUGAAUAUAAUUUGCAAGUGGAGCAACCUGUACAAACAAAACUUGAAGGAUCAUGUUCAUAAGAGUUUGGAUGACCUUGAAACGUUCAUCGCAUAUGCGACGAAGGAGCUCUCAGUAGAGUUGGCAGAGGACGACUAUGAUGGACUCUUGCGCGUGAUGGGUGUGCUGAACGAAGUGCGAGCCAAGAUGGACGCUAACACCGACCAAAUGUUCGAGCCACUCAGGGAUAUCAUCGAGGUCCUCAGGGAUUACGGCGUCGAGUUCCCUGAAGAGAUCUAUGAUCAGUUGGACGUACUGCCAGAGAAAUGGCGCAACCUGGUGAAGCUGGCGACGGUGAUGAAGAACAAUGUGGCGCCGCUGCAGGCCGCGCAGGCCGCGCUUAUCGCCAAGAGGGUCGCGCUCAUCAACUUGCGCCUCACCAUGUACCGCGAGCAGUUCAAGCUCAAAGACAUGUUCCUAGAAUCGUGCAAGGAGCCGUACAGACAAAUUGAUAAGGUGAACCGCGAACUGAUGGAAUUCGAGGGUAUACUCGAAACGCUCAAAAAGUCGUGCGGCUUGUUCGACAUACAGCCCCCGGAUGAGAAGAACCUGAAGGCUUGCAGGCGGGAACUGAGACUUAUUAAGACUCUAUGGGACUACUACUAUUUGGUGAUGGGCACAAUAGAGUUCUGGAAGAAGUCGCCGUGGAAGAAGAUCGACGCAGACGGCAUGGACCAAGAGUGCAAGCGGUUCACUAAGGACCUCAGGCAGCUCGACAAAGACAUGAGAUCUUGGGAGCCAUACCCGGCUAUAGAGUCAACGAUAAAGAAUUUGAUGACUUCAUUGCGAGCAGUUACUGAUUUACAGAAUCCAGCUAUCAAGGACAGACAUUGGCUAGAAUUGAUGAUGGCGACCAAGGUGAAAUUCGCUAUCGAUGAUGAUACAACUCUUGCUGACUUGUUGGCUCUGAAUCUUCACAAGUAUGAGGAAGAAGUUAAGACGAUUGUUGACAAGUCUGUCAAGGAGGCCGCUAUGGAGAAGACACUCAGAGAGUUGGAGGCAACCUGGGCUGCCAUGGAGUUUGAGUAUGUUCCCCACGACAGAACCGGAGUCAAACUACCAAAGGCUAGUGAAGAGUUGGUAGAGACGUUAGAAGAUAACCAGAAUCAAGUACAAAAUAUGUUGUCGUCCAAAUUUGUUGGAUUCUAUGAGACUGAGGUGAACGAAUGGGCGAAGAAGCUGGGCACUGCAGACGCGGUUUGUGCCCUCUGGUUUGAUGUACAGCGCAAAUGGCAGUACUUGGAGAGCAUCUUCGUGGGAUCUGAUGAUAUCAGAUCUCAGCUGCCGGAGGACUCGAAGAGAUUCGAUUACAUUGACAAGACCUUCAAGGAAUUGUUGAAAGACAUUGGUCAGACUCCUAAUGUGAUCGUAGCCACAAAUAAGCCCGGUCUAUUGGAGAAGUUAGAGGAUUUGAUGAAGAAUCUCAAUCUCUGCGAGAAAGCGCUCAACGACUACUUGGAGACCAAACGUUUGGCUUACCCUCGCUUCUACUUCGUGUCGUCGGCGGAUCUGCUGGAUAUUUUAUCCAACGGCAACAACCCACCGGCUGUGUGCCGCCACCUGACGAAGCUAUACGACAACCUGGCAGUCCUAGUGUUCCCCUCGGCGGGCAGCAAGCACGCCUUCGAGAUGAUAUCCAAGGAGAACGAGGAACACGUGCCCUUCAAAGCGCCAUGCUGCGAUUGCUCCGGCAAGGUGGAAGUUUGGUUAAAUCGCGUAACGGACUGCAUGCGGUACACGUUGCGCGACAUAUUCGAGCACAGCGUCAAGUCUUAUGAGGUGAAGCCUCGUGACGAGUGGGUGUUUGACUGGCCAGCGCAGCCCGCGCUGGUGGGCACGCAGAUCUGGUGGACUACCGAGACCAACCAGGCAUUUGAGAAGCUAGAGGAAGGUUAUGAGAACGCAUUAAAAGACUAUCAGAAGAAGCAGAUUGCCCAGCUGAAUGCUCUGAUCGUGCUUUUGUUGGGCGACCUUACAGUGGGCGACCGUCAAAAGAUCAUGACCAUUUGCACCAUUGACGUGCACUCUCGAGACGUUGUCGCCAAGCUAAUCGUUGCCAAGGUCGAGAAUUCCAAUGCCUUCCAAUGGCAGAGUCAGUUGAGACAUCGUUGGGACAACAAACUGGUGAACUGCUAUGCGAACAUUUGCGACGCUCAGUUCCUAUACGACUACGAGUACCUGGGUAACACGCCGCGACUUGUCAUCACUCCACUGACUGAUCGCUGCUACAUCACCUUGACGCAGAGCUUGCACUUGAUAAUGGGUGGCGCCCCAGCCGGCCCGGCCGGUACGGGCAAGACUGAGACUACGAAGGACUUGGGACGAGCUCUCGGCAUCAUGGUCUAUGUGUUCAACUGCUCUGAACAGAUGGACUACAAGUCCUGCGGAAACAUCUACAAAGGCUUAUCUCAAACCGGUGCGUGGGGAUGCUUCGAUGAGUUCAACCGAAUAUCCGUGGAAGUGUUGUCCGUAGUAUCGGUUCAGGUGAAGUCUGUGCUCGAUGCCAUCAAGGCCAAGAAGAAGAAGUUCGACUUUAUGGGCGAGUACAUCGUACUCAUCCCAACUGUUGGCAUGUUUAUCACCAUGAAUCCCGGAUAUGCUGGGAGAACUGAACUGCCAGAGAAUCUGAAGGCUCUGUUCAGACCAUGUGCAAUGGUAGUGCCGGACUUCGAGCUGAUUUGCGAAAUCAUGUUGGUGGCGGAAGGGUUCCAAGAAGCUCGGCUGCUGGCGCGCAAAUUCAUCACGCUGUACACCCUGUGCCGUGAGCUGCUCUCGAAACAGGACCACUACGAUUGGGGGUUACGGGCUAUCAAGUCCGUGUUGGUCGUCGCCGGGUCCUUGAAGCGCGGUGACCGCCUGAGACCCGAAGAUCAAGUGCUGAUGAGAGCUCUGCGAGACUUCAACAUUCCCAAGAUCGUGACAGACGACACGCCCGUAUUCAUGGGUCUUAUUGGGGAUCUGUUCCCCGCGUUGGAUGUGCCCAGAAAACGGGACUUGGACUUCGAGAAGAGCUUGGUUGACGGAGCGCUAUCUAUGAAACUGCAGCCCGAGCCUGGAUUCAUUUUAAAGAUGGUGCAGUUGGUAGAACUGUUCGCGGUGCGGCACUCUGUGUUCAUCAUUGGUUUCGCCGGCACCGGCAAGUCUAUGGUGUGGCAAUGUUUGAAUAAGACGUACGCUAUGCUCAAACUGAAACCGUAUUACAACGACCUAGAUCCUAAGGCAGUAACAAACGACGAGUUGUUUGGCAUCAUUAACCCGGCGACUCGCGAGUGGAAGGACGGUCUGUUUUCCACCAUCAUGCGCGACAUGGCCAACAUGCCUGGCGAUGGACCCAAGUGGAUCGUGCUGGACGGGGACAUUGACCCUAUGUGGAUCGAGAGCUUGAACACUCUCAUGGACGAUAACAAGGUACUGACGUUGGCCAGCAACGAACGGAUUGCGUUGACCAAGAUGAUGCGGCUGCUGUUUGAGAUCUCUAACCUGCGCACGGCUACGCCCGCCACUGUAUCGCGCGCUGGCAUUCUCUACAUCAACCCCCAGGAUUUGGGCUGGAACCCAUUCGUGGCGUCGUGGAUUGACACGACUCGCGACGACGAGUCGGAGAAAGCGCUGCUGACAGUGAUGUUUGACAAGUACAUCCCGUCGCUGCUCGAGUCGUGCAAGAAGUACAAGCGCAUCACACCGCUGGUCGAACUGCAGCAGAUACAGCUCACGUGCUACCUGCUGGAGUGCUUCCUCACCAGGCAGAACGUGCCCAGCGAUUGUCCGAAGGAAUGGUACGAAAUCUACUUCGUAUUUUCAAUAGUUUGGGGCUUCGGCUCCGCGUUGUUCCAAGACCAGCUGGUGGACUGGCGCAACGAAUUUAGCAAGUGGUUCUGCAAUGAGUUCAAGCAGAUCAAGUUCCCCGCUUCAGGGAACGUGUUCGCCUUCUUCAUCGACCCGGAGACCAAGAAGUUCCUGCCCUGGUCUGAGAAAGUGGAAUCCUUUGAACUCGAUCCCGACUUGCCGCUGCAGUCCUGCCUGGUAUCGACGUCGGAGACGACGCGUAUCAAGUUCUUCAUGGACCUGCUUAUCCCGAAGGAGAAGCCGAUCAUGUUGGUAGGCAGCGCCGGUAGUGGAAAAACUGUCAGCGUGGCCGCCAAACUCAACUCGUUGCCCGAUAGCUUUGCCGUCACCAAUGUGCCACUCAAUUUCUACACCUCGUCCGAAAUGAUUCAGAAAGUGUUAGAGAAGCCGCUGGAGAAGAAGUCUGGUCGUAACUACGGUCCACCCGGCAGCAAGUACAUGAUCUACUUCGUGGACGACAUGAAUAUGCCUAUGGUGGAUAAGUACGGCACUGUGCAGCCACACACGCUCAUGAGGCAGUACAUUAACUACAAGCAUUGGUAUGACAGACAGAAGCUACAAUUGAAGGACAUAUCGAACUGCAUGUUCAUAUCAUGCAUGAACCCCACUGCUGGCUCCUUCACUAUAGAUUCGCGACUUCAAAGACAAUUCUGCACUUUUGCUGUCAGUUUCCCAGGUCUGGACGCGUGCUUUCAUAUCUACAAGCAGAUCCUGUCGCAGCACAUGGCGCUGGUGCACAACAAGUUCACCACGCAGGUACAGCGUUACGCCGAAACGCUGGUGAACGUGGCGCUGGCGCUGCACAACAAGCUCGCUUCCACCUUCCUGCCCACUGCCAUCAAGUUCCACUACAUAUUCAACCUCCGAGACCUUUCCAAUAUAUUCCAGGGUCUACUGUUUACGACCGGUGACGCCAUCAAGACGCAGUCGGACCUGAUUCGGCUGUGGAUGCACGAGGCCACGCGAGUGUAUUCCGACAAGCUGAUAGACUCCGCCGACAACGAAGCCUUCGUGAAACUCAUCGCUGAUAUGAUUAAGAAAAAUUGUGAGGACUACGAUGAAAACGUCGUAUUCGAGAAGCCGCUGAUCUAUUGCCACUUCGCUGAGGGCAUCGGCGACCCCAAGUACUUCCCGAUCCACGACUGGCCGCACAUCAAGCGGCUGCUGGACGAGUCGCUGGCCGGGUACAACGACCUCGUGGCCACAAUGAACCUCGUGCUCUUUGAGGACGCCAUGUACCAUAUAUGCAGGAUUAACCGUAUAAUGGAGGCGCCCCGAGGCAACGCGCUUCUGGUGGGCGUGGGUGGGUCGGGCAAGCAAUCACUGUCGCGGCUCGCGGCCUUCAUCUCCUCGCUUGAAGUGUUUCAAGUGCAACUGCGCAAGGGCUACGGCAUCGCUGAUUUGAAAAUUGAUCUGUCUGGGUUGUACGUGAAAUCCGGCUUAAAGUCGAUCGGGUGCGUGUUCCUGAUGACGGACGCGCAGGUGGCGGAGGAGCGGUUCCUGGUGCUGAUCAACGACCUACUGGCCUCCGGGGAGAUCCCUGAGCUCUUCCCCGACGAGGAUAUCGAGAACCUAAUCAAUGGUGUUAGAGGAGAGACUAAAGCAUCCGGUAUUCCAGACACGCGAGAAAACUGUUGGCGAUUCUUCAUUAAUCGUGUGAGGACAAUGCUAAAGGUGGCGCUGUGUUUCUCGCCGGUGGGCGCGACGUUACGUGUUCGCGCGCGUAAGUUCCCCUCUAUCGUGAACUGCACUGCUAUCAACUGGUUCCACGAGUGGCCGGCUGAAGCGCUGCGCUCUGUCUCCACGAGAUUCCUCGCUGAAGUAGAAUCUUUACCGCCGGAUCUAGUGCAGCCAGUAGCGAACUUCAUGUCGCAUGUACACACAAGCGUGAACGAGAUGUCAGCAGUGUACUACCAGAACGAGCGGCGGUACAACUACACGACUCCCAAGACCUUCCUUGAGCAGAUUGCGCUGUAUGGGAAACUCCUCAACGAGAAGACCAAGAACUUGAAGAUGAUGAUUGUAAGACUCGAGAAUGGGUUGGAGAAACUCGCGUCAUGUGCCGGUGAUGUCGCUGUCUUGAAGGUGACUUUAGCAGAUCAAGAAGUAAUCCUGAAAGAGAAAAACAAGGCAGCAGAAGCACUUAUUGAAGUAGUGGGCGCGGAGAGUGAGAAGGUGUCCAAGGAGAAAGCAUUUGCUGCUGAGGAGGAAAAGAAAGUCAAAGUGAUUGAAGAGGACGUAACGAUCAAGGCUAAAAUUUGCGCCGAUGAUUUGGCUAAAGCUGAGCCUGCGUUGCUCGCGGCUCAGGAGGCCUUGAAUACAUUGAACAAGAACAACUUGACGGAGUUGAAGUCAUUUGGCUCUCCGCCAGACGCCGUCGUCAACGUAACCGCAGCUGUGCUUGUACUGUUCUCUAAGAAGGGAAAGAUACCCAAAGAUAGAUCCUGGAAGUCUUGCAAGUUGAUGAUGGCUAAAGUUGAUCAGUUCCUGUAUGACUUGGUCUACUACGACAAAGAGAAUAUUCAUCCGGAUGUUAUUAAAGCGGUGCAACCGUACAUCAAGGACAAAGACUUCAACGCGGAGUUCAUAAUGGCCAAGUCGGCGGCGGCGGCGGGGCUGUGCGCGUGGGUCAUCAACAUCGUCAAGUUCUAUGACGUAUAUGUGGUGGUAGAGCCCAAGCGGCGCGCGCUCAAUGCCGCCAACGCAGAGCUGCAGGCCGCCAGGGACAAGCUGUCCUUCCUCACUGAUCAGAUCAAAGAACUGGAAGAGAAACUGGACAUUCUGCUGAAGCAGUUCCAAGAGGCGGUGAACGAGAAGAUGAAGUGCCAGGCGGAAGCCGACGCCACCACCGCUACCAUCGACCUCGCCAAUCGGCUCGUCAACGGACUCGCUUCCGAGAAAAUUCGUUGGUCUCAAACGGUGGUGAACCUGAAGGAGUCCGGCGUGCUGCUGCCGGGCGACGUGUUGCUAGUGACGGCGUUCAUAUCAUACGUGGGCUGCUUCAUGCGCCGCUACCGACAGCAGCUCCUCAACGAGGACUGGGUACCUACGCUGCAAAAAACUAACCCAAAAAUCGAGACGACACCGGACCUGGACCCGCUGUCGAUGUUGACGGACGACGCGCAAGUGGCGGGCUGGAACAAUGAGGGGCUGCCCACCGACACCAUGAGCACAGAGAACGCUACCAUCCUUACCAACUCUGCGCGCUGGCCGCUCAUGAUCGACCCGCAACUGCAGGGCAUAAAAUGGAUAAAGUCUCGCUAUGGGGACGGGCUGGUGGUGAUUAGACUGACGCAGCGUAACUACUUGGACCGCAUCGAGCGCGCCGUGAGCAACGGAGACGUGGUGCUGUUGGAGAACAUCGGCGAGACGGUCGACGCCGUGCUGGAGCCGCUGCUGGGCCGCGUGCUCAUUCGCAAGGGGAGAGUACUUAAGAUCGGCGACAGAGAGAUUGACUUCAACCAGUCGUUCCGGUUCAUCAUCCAGACGAAGCUGGCCAAUCCUCACUACCAGCCCGAGAUGCAGGCGCAGUGCACACUUAUUAACUUUACUGUCACCAGAGAUGGUCUAGAAGAACAGUUGCUAGGUGAAGUAGUAAAGGCUGAGAGACCAGAUUUGGAAGCGUUGCGUGCAGGGCUGACCAAACAACAGAACGACUUCAAGAUCACACUGAAAUCGCUGGAAGACGACUUGCUUAAGCGGCUGUCUUCCGCUGGACCUGACAUCCUUAGCGACUCGGCUUUGGUUAUCAACCUCGAGACGACCAAGAAGACUGCCGCAGAUAUUGAGGUUAAAGUCGAAGAAGGCAAGACCACUUCCCUCAAGAUUGACGAGGCUAGGGAGAAGUACAGGCGAGCGGCGACCCGCGCCUCCCUUCUAUACUUCAUCCUGAAUGACUUGCACAAGAUCAACGCGAUGUACCAGUUCUCCCUAAAGGCUUACAGCGUCGUGUUCAAAGAUGCCAUUGCCAAGACUCCCCCAGCCGAGGACCUGGAGUCAAGAGUCGCCAAUCUGCUAGAGAGCAUCACUUUCCAGGUGUACGUGUAUACGAGCAGAGGGCUCUUCGAGAGGGACAAGCUUGUGUUCCUGUUUCUGAUUGCACUUCAGGUGCUGCAAGCGGACGGCAAGAUCGAGCCGAAGGAGUUGGACUUCCUGUUGAAGUAUGCUGUGGCCCCGGAACCUUCGCCAUACUCCUGGCUGUCCAACAACAGCUUUGGUGGCAUCAUCGCCCUUGCCAAAAUGGAAGCUUUUGAAAAUCUUGAUAAGGAUAUCGAAGGCGCAUCGAAACGAUGGCAGAAGUACACUGACGGUGAGGCUCCCGAGAGAGACAAGCUGCCGGGUGAGUGGAAGAACAAAACGGCGUUGCAGCGCCUGUGUAUCAUCCGAGCUUUGCGACCCGACAGAAUGUCAUACGCCUCUAACGCGUUCUGUGAAGAGAACCUGGGAACGAAAUUCGUUGAGGCGAGAACACCUCCACUAACGAAGUCGUUUGAAGAGUCUAAUUGCACCACCGCCAUGUUCUUCAUCCUAUCGCCUGGUGUGGAUCCUCUAAAGGAAUUGGAGAGGCUUGGUCGCAAGAUCGGCUUCACGACGGACAAGAAGAAUUUCCACAUCGUGUCGCUGGGGCAGGGCCAGGAAGUGGUGGCCGAGGAGGCCAUGGGCAUUGCGUCCGCCAACGGUCACUGGGUCAUCCUGCAAAACAUCCACUUGGUUGCUAAGUGGUUGCCGGCUCUCGAGAAGAAACAAGAGGAAAUGUUUGAAAAUCCGCUGCCGCAGUACAGAUUGUUCCUGAGUGCAGAACCGGCCGCGUCAGCAGAGUACCACAUCAUCCCACAGGGCAUUCUAGAGUCUGCUAUCAAGAUCACCAACGAGCCGCCUAGCGGGAUGUGGGCCAACUUGCAUAAGUCGCUAGACAACUUCACCCAAGAGACGUUGGAGAUGUGCAGCAAGGAGGCAGAGUUCAAGGCCGUGCUGUUUGCGCUCUGCUACUUCCACGCUGUCGUUGCCGAGAGACGCAAGUUCGGGCCCCAAGGAUGGAACAGAUCUUAUCCGUUCAACUUCGGUGACUUGACGAUCUGUGUGUAUGUGUUGUUCAACUACCUGGAGGCAAACCCGCGAGUGCCGUGGGAGGAUCUGCGCUACUUGUUCGGAGAGAUCAUGUAUGGUGGCCAUAUCACCGAUGAUUGGGAUCGUCGUCUCUGCCGCACCUUCCUGCUCGAAUACAUGCAGCCAGAACUCGUGGAUGGUGAGGCGCAGUUAGCGGUCGGCUUCGUGUCCCCGCCUAACUCUGAUUACCAAGGGUAUCACCAGUACAUCGACGACUUCCUGCCCGACGAGACACCCUACCUCUACGGCCUGCACCCCAACGCUGAAAUCGGAUACCUUACCACUGUUUCUGAGCGUUUGGCUAAGGUGGUAUUUGAAAUGCAACCCCGCGAUGCAGGUGCUGCAGCCGGCGGCGGAGCAAGUAAAGAAGAGACGGUAAGAGGUAUACUGGAAGAAAUUAUGGACCGCGCCCCCGAGCCGUUUAACUUGGCUGAGCUUAUGGCGAAGAUGGAAGAUCUAACGCCGUUCACUAUCGUGGCGCUGCAGGAGUGUGAGCGCAUGAACCGCCUCAUGGGGGAGAUCAGACGUUCGCUAAAGGAACUUGAACUCGGCCUUAAGGGCGAGUUGACGAUCAGCAGCGCCAUGGAGGACUUGAUGGAGUCGUUGUUCAUGGACAACGUGCCGGCGUCGUGGACCGCCCUCGCAUACCCGAGUCUGCUCGGGCUCGCCUCCUGGUUCUCAGACCUCUGCAUGCGGCUCGUCGAGCUUGAGAACUGGUCCGGAGACUUCAAUCUGCCCCCGGCGGUGUGGCUGGCCGGGUUCUUCAACCCGCAGUCGUUCCUCACGGCCAUCAUGCAACAGACGGCCCGCAAAAACGAGUGGCCGCUCGACAAGAUGUGCCUCAACUGUGACGUCACCAAGAAGAGUAGACAAGACUUCAACGCGCCGCCGCGUGAGGGCGCAAACAUCCACGGGCUGUACAUGGAGGGCGCGCGCUGGGACACGGUGACGGGUGGAAUCGUGGAGUCCCGCAUGAUGGAGCUGUUCCCCAUGAUGCCCGUCAUCUACGUCAAGGCCGUCACACAGGACAAGCAGGACACGCGUAAUGUGUACGAGUGCCCUGUCUACAAGAUUCGCAUGCGCGGCCCAACGUUCGUGUGGACGUUCAACCUGAAGACGAAGGACAAACCCACUCGUUGGACACUGGCCGGCGUCGCUCUGUUGCUCGGCGUCUAACUCUAUCCCGCAUUUCGCCUCCUAGUUACCAGCUUCUGAUGUGCAAGUAUUUAUGCUCU